UUGAGUUUAUAACGAAACGCUAGCUAGCAGCUCAUCGUCACAAGGAUGGCGGAGGUCCAACAAGGUACUUCUAGUGAAACGAUAACCGAGACCGUUCAAAUUGAUACACCACCACCGCCCCAGCAGGAGGGACGCAGCCUGACUAUUAAACUGAGGAAGAGAAAAACUGAGAAGAAAGUUGAGUGGUCCAGUGACACAGUGGACAAUGAGCACUUGGGAAGGAGGUCCUCAAAAUGUUGCUGUGUCUAUGAGAAACCAAGGCAGUUUGGAGAGUCUUCCUCUGAGAGUGAGGGAGAUGAUGACGAAGGCUGUGGGAGUGCACACUGCGUUCUAGGACAUGGCAAAGACAGACAUGGACAGAGGGAAGAUGGUGGGACCACGGUGCCUCCUAGUUCUGGAGGUGGUUCACAUACCCACUAAUGUUUCUGGGCAUCCGUGUGGAAAUAAAGGAGUGGUUCUGAUAAUGACAAUGAAACAUCACAAAAUGGCACUCUUUUAUUUAGUUUAGUUACUGCGUUCAUGAGAGGAAAGGGUUAGGAUAGCUUGGGAGAAAGAAUUGCUGGUUAUAGGUUGCCUAUUAGAUACACAUGAUUGGGACUUGGAGUUCAUUGUAUAUAACACAGCAACUUUACUUAUUUUUUUAUAAAGAUUACCUUUCCUAAAUUAUUUGAUUCUUAAUGCUUAAUCUUUCUCAAUUUUGCUGCAGUAAUCCUGGCCUGGGAACCAGUUUGAUUAUGUUUGUCAAGACCUUUUGCAAGGUGUCAUUCUGAUCAAACGGAUUGACAGGCACCCAGGAUAUCUGAAAUAUCAUCUAUGAAUAAUGUAGGUAAAGUCACUGUCUUAGCCAGUGGAUGGCUUCUUCCUAUGUCAUAAGUUCCGUUACGCUUUUAAUCUUUUUUCUUGUUAUCAUAUCAGAUGCACUAUUGUGAAUAAUUCCAAAUGACACUAUAUUUUUGUCAUGUUCACAAUCUAACAUUGCUCUACAACAGUAUCAAUAACAGACCAUUGGAGAUAACACAAAUUCUUACAUUUUGCACAUUUGGGCUGGUUGGGGAAGUCUGAUCUUUCUCUGAAUUAAUAUUACAUAGACAAUCCUCAUAUGUAACUACCUUAAAGUUUUUUUUAUUUUUCUUACAAGGAUAGUUUAUGGGUUAUAAUAGAGUUUUAUCAUUAAAACAGAUCAAUUGUAAAAUGCCAGACAUUUUUAUGUGUAGGUGCUUUAGGUGCAUGCACCAAUCCAAUAGUUUGAAAUCCAUGUUUUGGCAAGAGUUAGCUUAUAAGGAAAUAAACAGGAUGUCUUGGGUUGAAUAAUUACACACCAAAAACCAUAAAACAAUGCUGAUGGAUCUGUGUUUAUCAUUCCCUGGGCUAAAUACGAGUACAUGUAUAACCCCAAAGCAAUUGUUAUUUAAACCUACUGUGUUCUACUGAAAGGGGAAACAAUGCGUUUUGUGUUUGGCAGGUCCAUUACUAUGAUGUACAUAUAUAUGAUCUUGGGAUUGGUGACAGCGUACAGUAGUUGUGAAUUGGGCAAGUUAGAUGAAGUAUUUCAGUGGCUAUGACAACGAUGCAUGUUUUCUGAUUUCAUGUGUCUCAACUUCAAUCCACUUUCACAGUGAAGGAUCUCAUUCUUAAUGGUUUUGAGUCAAACCACUCGACUCAAACUGUUUCAUAUGUGACACUAUUCAGUAUUAUGAAUUACAUGUAAUUCCGCCAAAUUUUCUGUAACAUCAGUAAACACAUGUCAUUGUACCGGUAAUGCACCUUUCUGUAUAUAAAAGUCAUAUAUGAGUGGAUUUAAUGUGAAUAAAGUUUUGAACUGUGAUCA